GGAGCUAUGGUGUUACAUCCCCUGAAGGCAUUCUUCGGCAAAGAAGGAAGAUUUAUUUACACAAGGAAAAACAACACAAACCGUGUCGACGGGGAAGGAAAAAUAUUCAAGUGCAUGUAAGGGUUCAACAUGCCACCCAAGUUUGUUCGCAACCCAGGCACUUCUGAAUAUGCCUCUUCAGCAGAAAUAGAAAGGAGAGCCCUUCUGGAUGGAGAUUCUGAUGAAGAAGACUUUUUCCUAAAGGGGCCAAAGGUUCGCACAGGAAAUUUACGGACAGAUCCUAAGCUUUCACAGGUUAGAGGUCAGGUGGACGAUGUGAUGGGCAUCAUGAAGGACAAUGUUGGCAAGGUGCUGGACCGAGGAGAUCGCUUAGAAGAUUUACAGGACAAGUCAGAUAAUCUAGCCAGCAAUGCAGACAUGUUCAGAAGUCGCUCCAGGAAUCUGCACCACACAAUGUGGUGGAAGAAUUGCAGAAUGAAGAUUCUGGUUGCCAUUGUCAUUCUUAUCAUCAUCCUAGUCAUCUUGAUUCCCAUCAUCAUCCACUACACCAGCCAGAAGGAUGACAAUAAUCCUGGAAACUAACAUACUUGUGAAGAAGCAUUCCUUGUGACCUUUUCAGUCAGUUUUUUUUUAAUGUUGAUCAGGCUGUACAGAUUCCAUAGUGAGGGACUUGAUUUACUGUGAUAAAUGUGCUUAUUGUUUUAGGGCUGACUGCAUUGUAUGCAUGUAUAUAUUUACUGCAGAUUAAGCAGUUGAUUAAGAGAACUGAGCUGUAUAUGAUUUGUGUUUAUAGUGCUUUCAUAUAAUUUACAAAAAGCAAGACAGAAUGAAUGUUUCAUUCUUUAUUUGCACUUGCUUUAUGUGGGAAAAAAUAAAAUGUUUUGGUAGAAUCAAUGUGGAAGAGUUUGUAAAAAUUAAAAUUCCUUUACCAACACCAAAUAUGGAUUUCUAUAUUCUUUAGUGAGAGAUUCACUCCCUUUGUCCAUAUUCAUGAAGACUUUUUAGCUUUACAUUUGGUUCAGAAGAGGUCUGAGACAGUGUAAU